UUAAUACUUUAUUUUCAUUUUUUGCUCUAAGCCUUUUGGCUGUUCGAAAAUCGAAACCCAUAUAUCAAAUUUCAAAACCCUUCUUUUUUCCUUCUCAAGAACGAGAGAAGGAGGAGAAAUGGUGCUGAGGAGUGAAUUUUUACCGCGCUUGAAAUUUCGAGAGGAUGAAUUCGGCGGGUUUAUGCCCAAACAACUUAAGAAUGACUCGCUUGGGGUGGUCAACAUGUUUAGCAGGGAGACACUUCAUGUUUCAUAUGAUAGAUGGAAAAAUCUUGAAGUACAUUGUAAUAAUGACCAAAGUAUCCACCAUUCACCUCUCUCUAAGAGCGACAGCACAAAGCACAAGCUACUUGAACUAUCUUUUAAUCGACUCCAGCCAACUGAGGAGCACUGUGGAUUAAAAAAGCAUAGCUUUGGUCGUUUUGUUGCUCGUGAGGCUAUGCUGGCUGAAGAAUAUUGGGCAGCAUCUUGGCUACGAGCAGAAGCUCAUUGUGAAUCUUUGUCCGGUAUGAGGCAUGUUGAUACUUACAAAAGAAAGUAUGCAGAACAGGAAUUCUAUGCUCUAAAGCGAAGAUGUUCUGGCCAGGAUGGUAAAUCACUGAAGUGUUUCUGUUUUGUUGCAGUCAAGAAGGAAGAGAAAAAUGUAAGAAGAACAGUUCUAAACAGUGUGGUGGGAACUUUGGAUCUUAGCAUCCGACUGUUUGUACAAGGGGAGACAUAUCCCGGGGAAGUGAAAAGGCAAUCAGGUGUCUUUGCACCCUUUGAUGUACAUAGAUAUGCUUAUAUUGCAAAUGUUUCUGUCGCCAAGUAUGCUCGACGGCAGGGUAUUGCUUCAAACAUGUUGUACUUGGCUGCUGAUGUUGCUAUGUCAGAAGGUAUGAAGAAGCUAUUUGUUCAUGUAAAUGAAAAGAACAAAAUUGCCCUUGAUCUAUACAGGAAGGUUGGUUUUGAGGUUGUCAAGGCUGCUUCAUCACAUGUAUCGAGCGAACAGAAGUUGUUAAUGUCCAUGGAAUUUUAAGUCCCAAGGAUGCAGCAGGAUAAACAUGGAAAGUGUAGAAUACACGCUCGAAACCAGUUUUAGGUUGUUGGUUGAUGUGUGUGGCCUCAUAUGAUGUUUUUUUUUUUGACAAGAAUUCUGAGGUCUGCAUAGGGUUUAUAGGUCCUGUGAAAAGCUGUAUAUCUUUAACUGUAAGCAAUUUCAGAAAAUAGGUGUUAGAGAUGGUGAAGAGGCUUCUUCAGUGGUGGCCAAUGUAUUUUUGAGUGGUGGAGAAGCUGUGUAAACUGUAAAGGAGCUUUAGUACCAUGCCAGAAUUCUAUCUUUUUUCUUCAAUUAGCGAUAUGAUGAAUUCUAAAGCACCAAAUUUGAGACAUCCUUUAUUUUUGGCUGGCAA